AUGGAUGAAAAAGCAGCGAAAAAAGAAGGACCAGAGACGGAUGAAGAAGCAGCGAAAAAAGAAGGACCAGAGAUGGAUGAAGAAGCAGCGAAAAAAAAAGGACCAGAGACGGAUGAAGAAGCAGCGAAAAAAGAAGGACCAGAGAUGGAUGAAGAAGCAGCGAUGGAAGAAGGACCAGAGAUGGAUGAAGAAGCAGCGAUGGAAGAAGGACCAGAGAUGGAUGAAAAAGCAGCGAAAAAAGAAGGACUAGAGAAGGAUGAAAGAGCAGCGAAAAAAGACGGACCAGAGAUGGAUGAAAAAGCAGCGAAAAAAGAAGGACCAGAGAUGGAUGAAAAAGCAGCGAAAAAAGAAGGACCAGAGAUGGAUGAAAGAGCAGCGAAAAAAGAAGGACCAGAGAUGGAUGAAAAAGCAGCGAAAAAAGAAGGACCAGAGAUGGAUGAAAGAGCAGCGAAAAAAGAAGGACCAGAGACGAUGAAGAAGCAGCGAAAAAAGAAGGACUAG